CUCAUAUAUUCUUAUUUAAACACUUGAAUCAGCGCAUACAUAAAUGACUUCAAGAAAAGCACAUGGUUUCUUCAAUUAAUUAAUUACACAGAAUACAGUGCUUUGGAGAGGAUCGAUACAUCCAUUAUCAUGUGCAUAGCCAUUUUACACAUUGUUUCUGAUAAUAAUUGAGGAGAGGAGAUAUAGCCAUUUUACACAUUGUUUUUGCUGAACCUAAACUAAGAUUCCAUCAAAUUCUUUCUCAGAAAAAUAUACACUCGUUUUCCUUGGAUCAUGGCGGCAUAUGCAGCCAUAGUUUCGGUUAUACAUAUCAUCGAUACAAUCGAGCAUCACCAUUCCCCUCCAAUUUGUAUCGACAAACAACAACUUGAAUCUCUCACUCGAAUUGUUACCUCUUUGCAGGAAUUUCUUGAAGGUUAUAAGUCCCUUGUUGCUGACGGAGAUGAAGCUGAUCCGCUGGAGAUGCGUAUUGUAGAUGCAGCUCAUGCUGUUGAAGAUGUUAUCGAAUCACAUAUUGUGGAUGUGAUUAAACUGGGUAGAUCUAGUCCCAAUCCCAAUGAAAUAUUUCUCCAAGGCUAUGUUGUAGAUGCAGUUCAUGCGGCUGAAGAAGUGAAUUCUGGAGAGGAAGUCAGUUGCAUCGACUUCUAUGAAGAUCUACAGCAAGUGAUAGAAGAAAUGAAUGUGAUCAAGAAGGAAGCCAUGGAGAUUGCAGCCGAAGCUCAGCUGCAGAGAAAGGUCUCCUCGACUCAUGCUGGCUCCUUGACAUCCUCUUCCAAUGUGAAGGAAGGCAUGAUGGUGGGCUUUGACGACGUGCAACUUCAACUCUUGGAUUGGCUCACUGGAGGGAACCGUAACCGCCAAAUCCUCCCAAUCACAGGGAUGGGCGGGAUUGGUAAGACCACUCUUGCCCGGCAUAUAUUUGAGCAUGCCCUUGUUAAGGAGCAUUUUGAUAUUUGUGCGUGGACUACAAUUUCUCAAACUUAUAAUAUUAGAGAAACACUUGGUCAAGUUCUUAAACAAGUGACUGGAAAUCUGGGUAGUGAUGAUUUGAGUGAGAAUGAAUUGGGAGAAAAGUUGUACAAGUAUUUAUGCGGUAGGAGAUAUAUUUUUAUACUGGAUGAUAUGUGGAGUGUAGAGGUGUGGGACAAGAUGAGGUUUUUCUUUCCCGAUUACAAUGAUGGGAGUCGAGUAAUCGUAACAACUAGGCUCUCAAACUUGGCUGCCGAGUUGACAGACUCUAACAUCAUUGGUAUGAGAUUUUUAGAUGAUGUUUGUAGCUGGAAUUUGUUCUCCAAAACUGUAUUUGGGGGUGACGGUUUUCCUCUUCAACUUGAGGAAAUCGGAAAGAAAAUCGUGGGUAAGUGUAAGGGACUUCCUUUGUCGAUUGCUGUGAUUGGGGGUCUUUUGGCAAAGUCCGAACUUACACUUGAAUAUUGGGAGCACAUAGAGAAAAACUUAAGCACGAUAGUGAAUUCGAAAAAUGAUGAAUAUUGCUUGAGAGUAUUGAAACUGAGCUAUGACCAUUUGCCUGCCUAUCUGAAGCCUUGUUUUUUGUACAUGGGGAUGUUUGGGGAAGAUGAGGAAAUUAGGGUUGCUGAACUCAUGAGGUUAUGGGUUUCUGAAGGCUUUCUUAAACCAAUAAUCAAUAAAAGCUUGGAAACAAUUGCCAAUGAGUAUCUGAAGGAGCUAGUUGAUAGAAACCUCAUUCUAGUUCAUGAGUUGGGGGCAGUUGGGAAUAUAAAGCACUGCAAAAUGCAUGAUUUACUGAGAGAUGUAUCAUUUCAAGAAGCUGAAAAGCAGAGGUUUUAUUAUGUCUUAAAGCAACAUUGUCCUCGAGGGAUAAAUAGCCAUCGCCGCAUUUUUAUUCCUGAAAGCACUUCAAAUAGGACAUUCAAGAAUGCCUUGGAUACUAUGUCACGUGCUCGUUCUUUCAUAUGUCAUUGUUAUAAUGUACGAGAAAAAUUUCAAAAGUUUGGAUUUUUGAGGACAUUGACUACAAAGUUUUCCAGCAAGUAUUUAGAAGAAAAUGUGUUUCAAUUGGUGAACUUGAGGUACCUUUCGGCUGAAUUUCGUGAGGGAUUCCAAAUCCCUUCUUCAAUUAGUCUGCUCUGGAAUCUACAUACACUAAUUGUUUCUUGUAGGGGUAAACCUACGACUGCACCAGUAGAAAUUUGGAAAAUGUAUAAGCUUAAGCAUGUCAAGUUCGAAAAUAAAGGAAUGUAUCUCCCAGAUCCUCGGAGCGGGCAUAGUGAUGUUAUGAUGGAGAAUCUAGAGACGCUCAAAGGAGUGCUUGAUUUCAACUUGAAUGAAGAAGUGGUUAAGAGAAUUCCCAAUACCAAGAAACUGGCUAUAAGAUACCAGGAUGAAGUAAUGGACAGAGUGAAGUGCCUCAGCUAUCUUCAAUGUCUGAGUAAGCUGGAAAGCUUGUUGUGCCUUAUUCGAUAUGGAAGUGAAGAGUAUCCGCAGAGUAUUAACUUCCCGCGCUCACUCAAGAAGCUGUAUCUUGGAGGCGUAUACUUCGAUUUGGAGGAAAUUCUGGAAAAGAUAGGUUCAUUACCACUUCUUGAGAAGCUCCAACUGUUCGGUGGGCAGUUUGCAACACGCAGUUGGGAAAUAGUUGAAGGCCAAUUCCCCAGACUCAAAUACUUGGAAUUGUGGGAGUGUUGGGAUAUGGAAUGUUGGACGUUAGAGGGCUCCUGCUUGCCACGCCUUGAGCAACUUAGUCUCUGCGUUAUGAAUUCGUUUGAGGAGUUCCCUUCAGAAAUUGGAGAAAUAGCAACACUCAAAUUAAUUAAGUUGUUCAAGUGCAGUGAAUCAAUGGUUGUGUCUUUGAAAAAGAUAGUAGAGGAACAAGAGGAAUUACAAGGGGACCCACCCUUUCAUGUUCUAGUUAAGUUGAACAACGUCAGCCAAGAACUGCAGAGCUUGGCAACUCCCAACUUUCGUGUAGUCAAAUGGUAGUUUGAUGUGAUGAGGAAUUAAAUUGUGGGAAUAGUAAUUUGAGUGAUUAAUUUUCAAUAUCUCUCUCUUCCUUCUUUUAAGUGCCGGAUCAAUUUAACCCGUCCCAAGGGUUGGUGGCCACAUGGGAUUGAGGCGAUUAAAGAGCUUGUGGGGGUUCUCUUUACCUUUUGUGCGCGCCUGGUAUGUGUGUUUGGUCUGCAAUGGCUGCUGGCGGGUCGCGUUUGUCUAUGGGUUUGUGGUUGGGUGGUUGUCGUUGGGAUGAGCCGAGGCGACUUGGGGGCGAUGGUUAGGCCGGAGUUCCCGAAGUUGCUUCUUCCGCUCUCUCGGCGUUUAUUUUUUGGACGUGGUUGUCUUUUACGAGUACUCUUUUUUCGAUUUGUAAUUUUCCCUUCGGGGUUUUCUUACAAAGCGGUUUUAAUGAGGCUCAGCCCUUAGUUUGCUUCCGUGUGCUCUCAAGGGUUCCUUUUGGCUUUUUCUGUUUGGUUUAUUAAUAAAACGCUAUUUCAUUCUUCUAA